UUUAGAGUCACCGAAGUUUCCAAAGAGCCUCCCCUGUCUGGGCAGGACACACCUUUCAAUAAGACCCCUGGAACUGUGCUUCUGGUAUCCCAAACGCCGCCGUUUCCCCUGUGUCCUCCCUGGCCUCUUUCUCCCCUCCUCUAGGAUUUAGCCUCUCCCCAGGGAGCGUGAGCAUCUGAGGACUCCCACCCUUAGCUGCUCCGCUCCCGGAUGGAGUCAGGGAGAUGUGGUGGGGGGGCCGGGGCCAGAGUUUCAACGUUGCCCCCCACAAGGAGGAGCCAGAGAUGGGGCUCUCUGGACCAAAGUCUGACCCAGGGAACAGGAUGCCGGAGCCCAGCAGCCCUCAGCUUGGCAGUUGCCUGGCCUCUGGUUGCCUCCCAGGGGAGCAGAUCCUAGCAUGGGCACCAGGGUGGAGGAAAGGCCAAGGCCUGGAACUGCCUGGAGCUCUGAUCUGCACUAACUUUAGGGUCACCUUCCAGCCUUGCGGAUGGCAGCGAAAUCAGGACACACACCUGAACAGUGACUAUGAUUUUGCCCUGAUCAACAUUGGGCGAUUAGAGGCUGUGAGCGGCUUGUCGAAAGUGCAGCUCUUGCGUCCGGGAUCCCAGCUGAAGUUCAUCCCAGAGGAGAUUCUCCUUCAUGGCCGAGACUUCCGGCUGCUUCGAGUCCGUUUCGAGGCUGGAGGGCUGGCCCCACAGGCCUUCCAGGUAACCAUGGCCAUUGUUCAAGCCAAAGCUCAGAGUAGUCAAGCCCAACAGUAUAGAGGGAUAAACCUGAGCAAAGUUGGUAAGGUUCCUGCCUCCCGAAAACCACCUAUUCCUCUCCUGGAGACUUUAGAAGACUGGGAAACUGAGCGGAAGAAGCAAGGGGCCAAAGGCUGGAGGGUUAGCACGGUCAAUGAGAGGUUCGACGUAGCUACCAGCCUCUCAGGUUACUUCUGGGUCCCUAGUCGGAUUCUGGACAGUGAAGUCAGAAGAGCAUUUGCCCACUUCCAUCAGGGCCGUGGACCGCGCCUGUCCUGGCAUCACCCUGGAGGCAGUGACCUUCUCCGGUGUGGAGGCUUCUAUGUAGCCAGUGACCCCAAUAAAGAGGAGAUCAGCGCAGUGGAGUCAAUGCUACAAGCUGGGCAUUCCGAUGUUGUCUUGGUAGAUACCACGGAUGAGAUGCCUAGUCUUGCGGAUAUCCAUCUUGCCCACUUAAGGCUGAGGACGCUUUGCCUGCCUGAUUCAUCUGUAGCUGAAGAUAAGUGGCUCUCAGCCUUGGAAGGAACCCGAUGGUUGGACUAUGUCAGGUCUUGUCUUCGAAAGGCCAGUGACAUCUCGGUAUUAGUGACAUCCCGGGUCCGUUCUGUCAUACUUCAAGAGCACGGUGAUCGUGAUUUCAAUGGCCUCCUCUCUUCACUCGUCCAGCUGCUUUUGGCCCCUGAAGCUCGGACAUUGUUUGGUUUCCAGUCACUAGUGCAACGGGAGUGGGUGGCAGCUGGUCACCCCUUCCUGACCAGGCUUGGGGAAACUGGGGCCAGUGAGGAGGCCCCAGUGUUUCCGCUCUUCCUCGACUGUGCCUGGCAGCUCCUCCAGCAGUUCCCAGCUCAAUUCCAAUUCUCGGAGUUCUUCCUCCUUGCUCUGCAUGACAGCAUCCGGGUUCCCGACACCCUUACCUUUCUGAGAAAUACUCCCUGGGAGCGUGGGAAGAAGAGUGGACAGUUCAACUCCUACACACAAGUUUACACCCCCGAGGACUCCCAGGCCCUAGCUGGGAGCUCUGGUAAUUUACAUCUGUCUGUCUGGGACUGGGAUUUACGCUACAGCAAGGAACAGAUAUCGCAGUUCCUUAAUCCUGGCUACAAUCCAGAGCAUUGCCCAGAUUCCUGGUUCCCUGGACAGCAGACAAGCUUCAUGGCUCCUGGUCCCCCCAGUUCUGUGUUGCUGUUCUCUAGAGGGGCCCUGACCCCCAUGAAUCAGCUCUGUCCUUGGCAAGACAGCCCCUCCUUGCUGGCAGUCUCCUCUCAUUGGCUUCCUCGAGCUGCUAGGUCCUCUGAAAGCCUAGCUGACCAGGAAUGGGGGCUCCCGUCACAUUGGGGGGCUUGCCCUUUACCUCCUGGGCUACUGCUGCCUGGAUAUCUGGGACCUCAGAUCAGGUUCUGGAAACGCUGUUACCUGAGGGGAAGGCCUGAGGUCCAGAUGGGCUCCUCAGCUCUUACAAUCUCUGGCCUUCAGGAUGAGCUGUCUCUUCUUCAGGAACUAUUAAGAAAAUGGGCACCAAGAAUAUCUCCUGAGGACCACUGCAAGAAAAGAGAUCCAAAUAGCAUCCUCUCUCAGACCCGUUGAAACUGUAGCAGAGGGUAGGGAGGGGCAGAGGCGCAGGUGCAGGGGCCUCUUCGGCCCUUUCUGUCGGACCUGGGUGCUUCUUCCGCAUUCCAGCCAUAAAGACGCUCACUUGGUGGGCGAGAUCCCGCAGCGGACGAUGGUGCUUCCAACCUCCAGCUCUCCAGUCUUGUUUGACUCGUGGAGCUUUUUUCGUUUCUUGUGGUUUGCAGAAUAAGAAACAAAACCAAUUCAGAAUGUGGUUGCCUCCCCCCCCCCCCACUUCCUCACCCACCUCCCCCGCAAUUCCAUACAUCUUGUGUGACUGUCAGAACCGUGAGAUCAGAGACCCUUUUCAUCGGUCCCAACAAGGUGUCCCAGAGACCUCAUUCUCAACUCCCGGACGCUGCUUUGAAAUCCAUUUCUGUGGGAAUGAGGUGAACAAGGGAGACACUCUCUCCUCCCACUGUAUAUUUUUGUAGCUGCAUUUCUAUUUAAGGAAGCUCAUUAAAGCACAGUAUUUCUACACAU